AUGACUGCACUUCCCCCUUUCGCCGUGCCUCCGGGCCAAGAUAUCACCGUGAAGCUAAUAAACACAGUCAACUUUGGCCCGGCACAGCUACAUAGGUUCAUGGCUCCACCGAUUCCAGGCAUGGAGACACACCCAAGCAAUCCUUCAUUCUCAUUUCUGUUGGAGCACAUCUCGGGAAGGAAGCUCGUUUUCGAUCUGGGUAUCCGCAAAGACUAUAAUAAUUAUGCACCAAAGAUCGCCGAAUACAUACCGACGACCAAAUACAACAUUGAUGUGACAAAGAACGUCGUGGAUAUUCUGAGAGAAUAUGGUGUCAAAUCGGAGGAUGUUGAGGCUGUCAUUUGGAGUCAUUGGCACUGGGACCACAUCGGUGAUCCUUCGAGUUUUCCAUCCACCACCGACUUGAUAGUCGGGCCUGGAUUCACGCACGCCAUGCUCCCCGGCGCUCCCACAAACCCCGAAUCGCCACUGCAAGAAUCAGACUAUACGGGAAGGAAUCUUCGUGAAAUUACCUUUCAAGUACCCGAUUGCUUGACGAUAGGCCAGUUUCGCGCAUUUGACUACUUUGGGGAUGGAUCCUUCUACCUACUCGACAGCCCUGGCCAUGCAAUUGGACACCUCUGCGGGCUUGCGCGAACAACCAAAAACCCCGACACAUUCGUCCUUUUGGGGGGCGACGUCUGCCAUUAUGGAGGGUUGUUCCGACCAUCCAAAUACCUGCCCGUACCCGAGUCCAUUCAUCCUCAUCCAUAUCAUCCAAACAGCGAUAUCGCGUUCUGUCCAGGCGGGGCUUUCGAGGAAUUACAACAGUCGCGGGGUAGAGGUGUGAACGACCCACUCUUCAUUCCGACUUUCGGCCACAACAUUCCUCAAAUUAUCGAGACUAUUGGGAAACUCCAAGAGGCCGACUGCCAAGAUGAUAUUUUUGUAAUUAUUGCACAUGAUGCGACAGUUAGAGACGCAGUGGAUCAUUUCCCCUUGAGCCUGAACCAAUGGAAAGAGAAAGGAUGGGGGAAAGAUCUCAAGUGGAGGUUCUUACGCGAUGCUGAGAAAUAUUGGAAAUCGAAAGGAGUGAUGUAA